GGGAGCCAGGAAACGUGGCGCGCGCAAAUGACGUCACACCACGCUACAACCCGGCGACGUUUUUGGUGUCCCGAGAAAGGUCCAUUUGGCUCAACGUGUUGUCAACACAUCACUUUUCGUCGCGUCCUCCCACCGGUAGAAUGUCUUUCACAGACGAAGAAUCAUCAGAUGCCGGCCUUGCGGGUCAAACGAAGCUGGAGAGCUUCCUGUUCAGUUGUGAGCUCUCCUCCAAAGUUCCCUUCUACUGCUUCCAAGGAGACGAAGACGACGACCAGGAGCACUUCAUUGAGCUCCGAACGGUAUGUCUAGGGGAAGGUGCCCAGGAGGAGAAUAACGUGGUGGAAGUAACAGCCUUGAACCACCAAGGAAAGACAACUUCAGUGCCCAUUGCAAACCUUCAUAUCAACUGCUUGCCAAUGGUGAGCUUGGGUGAAUAUGAGCUAAAAGCACCAGUGACGAUCCGCUUGAAGGCUGGCUCAGGACCAGUGACCAUCAGCGGCUUGCACCUUAUUGCUUCAGAGGUUGAAGAAUCGGACUUUGAGGAAGAGGAUGACGAAGAUGAGGAUGACAUGGAGGAAGAAGAGAUCAGUCCCGUCAAACCAGCGAAGAAGAAGAAGCUGCAGUAGCCCUUGUGUUGGAGGGAGAUGGUGUGUGUCCCCCCCCCCCCGAUCCGUUUCAGGAAAUAAUUCAUGGACGCUGUCGACCACGUUGGCACAGGACAUUUCCAAACACCCAUAUCAGUUAGUUAUAUUAAAGAUACUGCUCGGAUCAAUCACCCUCAUUCACCGAGUCUCUCAUUGACAGCACAGGACUGAAGUGUUUUUUGCUAUCAAAUGUUGCCUCUUGGUUUUUGUUGUAUAUAAACAGUACGUCACCAACAGUGAUGAGAUGGCUGUUCUAAUUCAGUAUUUUAAAAAAUUAAAAAUGUCAUCUUCGUUUGCGUGUCACAGUAAGGGACCUGAGAUCAUUGACUUUUUCUCAGUCACAAACAUUUUGUAGAUGCAAAUGUUUUUCAACAUAAAAUGUUAAAUAAAGUUUUGUAUUCAUAAAGAA